CAAUCAGAUGCCACGUCGAUUACUGCAUUAGGCACAGUACAAGGUACAUGGGUACGCAGUUACAUCCUUUACGAGAUUGCCUUGUUCGUACCUACCUCUUAACGUCGUUGGGUCCUGGGGACCGGCAGGAGGGGGGGGUUGCAGGGGUGUUACCGUUUCAUUCCGAUCAUUCCCUUCUCUCUGCUCACCACCUCCCCCGACCCCCCUCCUCCCCUCCUUUGCCCUCCUUUCUUCCUCCCUCCUCCAUUGCCAUCCCACUCUCUGUCAGCCUAUACCGUCGUCUCCCCUCUCAUCUUCCUGGCCUCCCGCAUACACACAUCGACGCCCCCCAAUAUGUCCUGCGCAUCGUCCCAUUUCACGCCCCCGACGUACCCGAGCGCCAGGUGCCGUGGCCAUUUGCGGCGAGGCAGAUAAGUUGGCUCCUCCUCCUCCUCCGCCGUACCGCGUCCGUCCGUCACAAUACGAGAUCCCGAGGCUGGCUGGAUUGUCCACGCUGGGGGUCGACGUCACUUACACCACGUGUUGGGCACCCGCAGGGAUUCUGGACGCCGAAUGACUGCCGCGACAGAUGGCCGCCCGACCAGCCUCGAGAUCUGAGCAGUUCCUCGGCGGGAGGAAGCGUUGCCACGUCUGACUUGGUUUACGUACCUACUCAACCAGGACGCGGACGGCUGUCCAGUCAGGUCCGAGUUUUCGGUCUGUAUCCGUCUCCCUUCACCUUACUCCAUCGGGCAGUAUGUUUCUUCGUGUGCUCCUGCUGGAGUUUGCCCCAUCCCCGGACUUCCCUCUUGCCUGGCCCUCGACGUUUCGUAUGGGGACGUCCCUACGCUUCGCGGGUAAGUGGUAGGAUCGACUACCACCAUGAGCUGCGGCCGUUCGCGCGAUCGGAUCGCACGGCAGCAAGUCAAUAUGACAAGGCAGGCAGGCGUCUAGGCGCGUAGGUGAGCUGCAUAUAUCCCAAUGGCCUCAUCUCGGGCAUACGCCCGGACACUAUUUGUGACCUCAUCGGGCCUGAAAACGGUCUGGGCACGGCGUAGGCACAGUGAUUCUGAGCGUGGGUGGUGUUGGUGCGAGUUGGCGUCUGCCUACCGCAUCUUCUGCCAGCGAAUCGCCCGCCGUUGAUGCCAGGAAGCAGGCCGACUCGACUGCCCCAAGCAAGGGCGGCUUUCCCAAGCUCCCCGGGUCUCUCGCGCAUAGCCGAUUCAGGUAAACUCGUCGCAUAGGACCGCCUCAGCCGACGUUAGUAUGGCUGCUGCAAUCCAACGCUGUGGCUUCGUGGGCAAUACCUGCCGGGGGCCGAGAGACUUCCGUGUGCCCACUGGUCGAGAGCUUGGUGUCGCCGAAUAG